AUGGACUGGAAUGUAAGACCACUCCAGAAUGCUGACACAAAGAACAACCUUCAAAGUGAAGAAGCACCUUACACUCAGUUGCUUUCUAAUGCACAUGCUUUUCCUCAGACAAAUGCCUGUUCCUCUAAAAAUGCAUGCACUUAUACUGAAAAUAACCAAAUGGUGUAUCCGCCAGCUAACAAUGUUGCCUUCCCUUUUGUAAAUGCUGAAGGAUUCAGAACUUCAGACCAGGCCUUACCAGGAGGAUCUGUAGCUGGUAAUGAUUUUUUUGUCUCAAAAUACUCAGUUGGUCGACAUCCACCAUCCUGCAUACCAAUAGCUCCAAAACCUCCCAAUCAGACAUCACAUUUGCAGGCAGAGGUGACUCAGACUUCUUGGCAAAACUCUAAUGCCUACAUUUAUUCCCUUGGAAAGUUACCUCACCUGUCUUCUCAAAUGAACGCUGGAAAUAACAUGAGGAAUGUACUUCAGGAACCUCAGUAUGUCACCACAAACUGUUACACUGUUCAGCCACAAAUACAGCAGCAUAAUUCAAUGAGAACUGCAAUGUUAUAUCAAAGUAGCUUUCAUUCCCAGAAUAAUUUUAUGUCUGUUGGUACAUCUGGGCAAUAUGUUCAAGCCCAAAUGUAUCAUCCCAACACUCAGUUUAAAGUUUUACAUGCGCCGAAUCAAAAAAAUGAAGCAAAUGUACAGCAGCUACAAUAUCACCAGAGUCAGAUGGCAUCAGAAGCUUCUAGUGGCUGUUCUGCACCAUCUUUGUUGCCUGCCAACUGUGAUUCAAGAGCUGCAGCACAACCUUCAAUAGGUGUACCACAAGCAGUUCAAAAUGUGCCUAAUAGAUACACCCUUAGCCAACAGAGGCGCCCAUCAGAUCCAAAAAAGGCUUCUGGUUUUAAGCAAUGCUGUCAGAAACAGCAACCUGGAGAAGUCAGUCAAUCAAUUAGGAAUGUCUGUAAUUUGAGUGGAAAUGCGACAGCGAAUCAGCCUUUUAAUGAAAUGUCUGUGCCGUCCUCAGGCAUUUCUAAAGAAUUGUGUGAUAUUGUGAAAGAAAUGAAAACUCUUUCUUCGAUGUCUCCUUCAGAGCCACUGGGUGAUCCUGCCUCAGUUCAAGAAAGUCAGACUACUAGUUUAAUGAAUGGGUCUGUUAAUUCUCAAAUUUCUUCAGCAGCGGCAGGUGGAGGAACAAUUACAAAGGACAGACUGGCUUGGGAAGCUCAAAAGCUGCUCACUAUUAAAAAGAAAUGUGUCCUGCUUGAACGGAUGUAUCAUUAUAAAAGAAAACUCUUAGCAGCUUCAGAACGUGACCAAAGUACUCCCCCACUUCCUUCAGGUUGUCAAGGUACUCUUGCCAGUUCUCUUCCAUGGGUGCCCAACCAAAGUGUACCACCUUCCUCAUCUGAAAGAGCAAGGACAGAGACUCUAAUAUGUAGUUCUUCACCUGAAGAAAGAAAUGACAAAAAAGUAGCCAAUGCUGAUAAUGGAGGAUUAGAGGUGACUCAAAGUAACCCUCAGGUGGAGCAGGGAAGCCUUUCAUCAAGCUCUGCUCCUGUUGCCUCUCAGAGCAAACCCCCAGCUCAAUUAAAUAACCUUGAGAUCACUCCCAUCUCAGAAGAAAGGGAUGCAUAUGCCUUGGCCUCUUCUCAGAAAACUGUGACAUCCUUGAACAAUGCUUCAUGUUUUAAUCAAGUGGAUAGCUCUAUCAAAAUUGCAUCAAAGAAUGUGCCAGCUUACCCUGAGGACUCGUCAUUUCUUCAGUUUGUAUUGAGCAGCACAAAUAUAUUGAAAGAGAAGACAGCUGGUGCUACUGCUGAUAGAAUAUUGACUAGUCUCCUGUGUGGUGAAAAACCGCUAGCAGAUACGUCCGUCUCAGGUGAAAGCUUACCAAAAGACACUGGUAAGAAGAAUGUAGAAAGUUUGAAAGGUGAGCAGUCAUUUAUUGUUCACACAAACUCUCCUGUAUCAGAAACAACCGAAUCCGGUGAAGCUAAAUUCCAGGGUGAUACAGCUCAGAAAAAAAAGCUGUUUACAGAAAAUGCGUCUUUUAAACAGAGCAAUUACACUGUGGAAGAGCUAACUGCAUGCCUGGGCUUGUGGAGAAAGCAUCCAUCGGAAUCUGUAAGCAUGCGAAAUAGCCAGGCAAAUGAAAGCCCCGCAGCAAAUCAGGUUUCACCUUACAGCCAAAACACAACAAAUCGAGAACAAAAUAAUGUUCUGGUUAGUACAGACGAAGCAAGUUUGCCUGUAGCAGCUGCUUCUGUAGGACAAAAACUUGAUACGUUGAGUUGCAAUUUGGUAAAAAGUUUUGAACUCCAAGUUGCAGUUGUCUCUCCUUUAGUACUUUCUGAACAGAGAACAGAGAGUGAGCAGGCAGACAAAUGUCCAACAUCUGCAGGUAAAGCCUGUCCAGUUAUUGACUCAGGAAGCAUACGUAGCUUGAAAGAAGAGGGGAAAAAUAGUUUAAGUGUGGUAAAUACUGAUAAAGGAAAAGUAGAAACUGUUCAGUCGUCACCCAGUGAUUGUGUUUCAGUACAGAAAGUGGGCUCACCUUUGCCACAGACCAAAUUAGCUGAUGGAAACGGAACAGUAAAAAACUGUGUGGGUGCAAAUGAUUUAUAUGAUAAAAACCAAAGGAAAGUUAGUCAAUCUACACAAGAUGCCACAGAAAAUCUGCAGCUUGGAUUACAAAACAACCCUCCUCUUCCUGGAUUUGGCAUAGAUUUUUCCAGUCAAAUCAUUCAAGAAGGUAUAAGAGACCAGAAGGACAAGCAAGCUGUGUUAGAGACAGGAGAUGCAUCCACAGCUGUGGUGGGAGAAGAGAUGUUUUGUAUUUCUACAGUAUGUUCUCUUGUUGAAGGUGAUACGUUUUAUAAUCCACAAAUAGCAAGUAUUUUCAGGUCAGUCCCUGAAACACCUGUGUUAAAAGGUACCUCAUCAGAAGGAAAAGCAUCUGACUCAAAGCAAAAGGAACAACGGCUGGACUUGCGUAAAAGUAAGCUGAGCAAUAACACUCCCCAAAGAGACAGCUUGCUGCAACGGGUGUUAGAAGAUUCAUCAACCUGCCCAAGUAAAGCUGGUAAGAUUUGGGAUGGCAUCAGAAUUAUUCAUUUGGGGAAACAAGGAAGUGGCAAUCCUCUUAAAACAAGUUCUACCUCAGAACAAAAAAUGUCAUUGAAUGCAUCUUUCAAGCAUCCUGAAAAUGACUUGGAAAUUCCUGCUAGUAUAAACCAGCAGUUAGCUCAAAAUUUACUAGAUUUCUCCAUCAGCACAGCUGCUGAAACAGACGCAUGCACUGUUCCAAGACACAACAAUAAAAAAAAUUACAAGUCCAGUAAAAAUAGCACAGAAAAAGAGAGAGACCUUUUUGGAGCAGAACCUAUUAAAUGUCUAAACAAUCAGCUGUCCGAACUAAUGAAGGAGUUUCCUUAUGGCAUUGAAGGCGCUCAUAUGCGAACAAAAGAACUAGUACAAAAUAAUUCUUUGACUGAGCAGAUGGAGAAUCAACCUCAAAAAGGGACUCAAAUUUGUGACAAGAAUUCCCAUUUGAAGGGCCCAGUAGAUCAGAUAAAAAUCACAGUGUUAAGCUCCGAUCAGAUGCAAGAACCAUUUCCUGAACACAACCGGUGUUCCUUUAAUGACAGCAAGGGAGUAGCAAGUCAACAGUCAGAAAAGGGUUCAGCUGAGGAGAACUUUGAGGGCAGUAUUCAGCCUAGUCAGAGUCUAUGCAAGAAGAAAAAAAAACCACGAAAAACCUCCAACCCCAGAAAAAGUACCGAUUGUUCUUUACUGGAUUCGCAAUCUGUAGCAUGUGAAAUGCCACAGUAUCCCUGUAAUUUUGGAAUGUCUGAUUCAGAGAAAAAUUAUGAUCAACUUUCGAAAGCUGAAAAUACUAGCUCUGCAGAGGGACAAGAAGACAACAGUAAUGAUGACAUAGUGAAGAACAACUGUGCAAUGGGAAACCUGCCAAUUUCUGAAAAAAUGCCAAAUAGCGUUAGCAAGAAUAAAAAAGAUAUUUGCAAAUACACCUCUGUAGCGACCAAAACUGCUGGGCCAAAGGUAAACGAUGAAUACAAACCGCUUACAACACAACAGGAAAAAAUUGGACCGCUUAAUUCCUCUGAAAACAAGGAUGUUGAUCAAUCUGAAAGGAGCAACGGGAAGGAAGAGCUGCAAAUUGACAGAGGAACCCCAUUGUUAGGCAAUGAAUUUCAUUCUGGCAAAAAAGAACACCAGACGGCCUCGGAAGAGUUGUCAGAGAAAGCUGGUCAUACAGAUGCAGACAACAUGACAAAGUCAUCCAAAAUGAAAGAGACAGUUUUCAAAAUGGAGUCCCUUUCUAAAGAUAAAAUCAAAACAGGUUUGGCCAUGAAAUCCAAAACAGAUGUUCACAAAUGUACAAAGUCAGAAACUGUUGAAAUUAAGCACACGGAAGUCAAUCAAGGACAAAAAAUUAAGACAUGUGAUGAGAACUCAGCUGAAGAACAGGACUGUAGAAAACAAAAGGAGAUACUUGGGCAAGAUGUAGGAAUUAACAUCAAAGAGAAAACCAAGUUAUCAGCAGAAAUAAAACCUAAAAAGCUGAAUAGUUACUGUGCAAAUGUUGGCACUGGAGACUUAAAGUCAAGAAACCCCAAAUACUCUCAGCAUAAAUCUAUGAAAGUUCAUCCUUCACAAGAGCAGUCGUACAAACGGAAGAGGAAGGAAAAUGUGAUUGGGAAGAGAGACCCUAAGAAAACAAAGGUAGAAGAGGAAAGACUGAAACAACCUGAAGCAAAGAAUUCCAAGCAGCUUUCACAUAAUUGCAUGAUAAAUACUGACAAAGCUAAAAAAUUGAAUGGAGAAAAUGGCUGGAAACCGAAGAGUUCAUUAGCAGAUCGCUCUGUACUUAAAUUACAGAGAAAAAGGGGUCGAUCAUCUACCAUCUCUAAAAACUACUUUUCUAACAAAGAGAGACGUCUUGAUGGUCAAAACAAAGACAAGUGCCCUGAGAAAAUGUUUCCUGAUAAAAACCUGCUAUACUUAAAUAGGCGAAAUAACAGAUUAAAAUUGCAUCUUCAGAAGGAACCAAAAAAACACUACCUGAAUAGAGUUGCAUUUAAGCGUAUGGCACAGGAACGCAUCUAUCUGACGAAAUUAGAGACAUCGCCUGUCAGACCCGUCUGGCAUACAAAGCCCAAAGCAUCACGAAACAACCCAGAUGCGAAAAGAGAUGCUUCUGUCUCAGAAGUUGAGAAAUCGUGCAAAGUGGAAGUACUUGAAUUUAAGCUGUGUCCAGAGAUACUGUUCAGAAAUCCAACCACUGAUGAAGAAAGCUUAGCUGCAAAGAAUUCCCUGGAAAGAGAGAAAGCCAUUGUGGCAGGUGUCAAGAGUAAAAAAGAAGAUUGGUUAAAAUGUGAUCCAGUGAAGCAAAAAAAGCUGGAAGAGAUCUCUACAGCUGAGGACAGUAUUCCACUUGAUACAGCUAUGCAGAUCCUGGAUGGAGAUGGCGAGGCUCUUCACUUUCCAAUCAAAGAUUCAAAAGAGGUGUUUCAGACCUACAAGAAAAUGUAUCUGCAAAAAAAGACGCAAAAGCCUUGAUAACACUUCUGUAUCAUA